CCAAGGCCCAGGGUGAGUGUCGAAGCUGCAGGGCCCGAGAAUGGAGCCCAAUGGCACUAUCCAUUCCUGUUGCUUAGACUCUACUGUAUGGAAAGUCACCAUCAGUUUGAUCCUCACCACCCUCAUCCUCAUCACCAUUGCUGGCAAUGUGGUCGUCUGCCUGGCUGUCAGCCUGAACCGUCGGCUCCGCAGUCUGACCAAUUGCUUCAUUGUGUCCUUGGCAGCUACUGACCUGCUGCUUGGCCUCCUGGUGCUGCCCUUCUCUGCCAUUUACCAGCUGUCUUUCAAGUGGACCUUUGGCCGGGUCUUCUGCAGCAUCUACACCAGCCUGGAUGUGAUGCUCUGCACAGCCUCCAUCCUCAACCUCUUCAUGAUCAGCUUGGACCGCUACUGUGCUGUCACGGACCCACUGAGGUACCCCGUGCUGGUCACCCCAGUUCGUGUUGCCAUUUCUUUGGUCUUCAUUUGGGUCAUUUCCAUCACCCUAUCCUUCCUGUCUAUUCACCUGGGGUGGAACAGCAGAAACGAGACCAGGGGAGACAAUGACACCUCCAAGUGCAAAGUGCAGGUCAACGAGGUGUACGGGCUGGUGGAUGGGCUGGUCACCUUCUACCUGCCUCUACUCAUCAUGUGUGUCACCUACUACAGAAUCUUUAAGAUCGCCAGAGAGCAGGCCAAAAGGAUCAAUCACAUCGGCUCCUGGAAGGCAGCCACCAUCAGAGAGCACAAAGCCACUGUGACGUUGGCUGCGGUCAUGGGAGCGUUCAUUAUCUGCUGGUUUCCCUACUUCACGACGUUUGUUUAUCGUGGGCUGAGAGGGGAUGAUGCCAUCAACGAGGUGGUUGAAGGCAUCGUUCUGUGGCUAGGCUACGCCAAUUCAGCCCUGAACCCUAUCCUGUACGCUGCCUUCAACAGAGACUUCCGCAUGGCUUACCAACAGCUUUUCUGCUGCAAGCUUGCCAACCACAACCCCUACAAAUCCUCCCUGAGGCUCAACAGUUCUCUGCUGUCCAGGAACCAAAGCCGAGAAGUCAGAUGGCAGGAGGAGAAGCCCCUGAAGCUCCAAGUGUGGAGUGGGAAAGAAAUCACACCUCCCCAGGGAACCCCAGACAGGAGACCAGCGCUGUCCUGCACCACCUGCUCCAAUAACCUUCUAAGCUGCUGUAAGAGCCUAUGGGGGCUUCGUUUUCUCCAGCAACACCCAGAAGGCGCCUCAGAGGAACAGUCGGGAGAGCUACAAUCUGAGAAGACAGAAAGGAUACCAUCACAGGAAGAAAUGAGGGCACUGCCCUGUGAAGUUGUCUAGACUCUGCCCAGGACACCAAGAUCCUGGCCCUAUCAUCUGGACCUCCCUUCUGGAGCCUCUAUGGACCAAGCCCUCAAACCACUGAGGACAAACUUCAGCCUGAGCCUGGGGCUUCACAGAGCACACAGACCAGUUUCCCUGAGAGCGGAUUCCAGACAGGUGCUUGGGCUCUUCUAGGCUGAAUUCCUUGGGUUCAAAGCUCACACUGGUGCUGGCUCUAAGAGACAUGAGCAAAUAGCUGGACAGAUGUACACACAUGCAUGUAUGGAUGUGCUUCUGUAGAAAACACGCAGCUCUGCUGAGCAGAGCAAAGGAUGUUGCUAUAGAGCACUGGCCUCACUCCCUUGUGGAAUCCCAUCAUGAGCAGAAAGAAGAGAAGAGAGUGGGAGUAAAGGAUGAGGAGAGAAGCUGAACAUGAACACCUAACUAAGUGCUAAGUACUUUGCCUACAUGGAUUCUCAUCAUUUCUAUAUAUGUUAUUAGGACCAGCAACACUGGCCAGACUUUACAGAGCUAGAAACCAAGAGUCAGGGAAGUAUGGAAUGUACCUCAGGCCACUCAGCUAGAAAAUGUGCCUGGGAUAGAGGUACUCAGAAAGUACUUGGU